AGAAGAAAUACGGAAGUAGCCGAUCAUGUCACUGUUUAACCAGUUGUUGACCAGGUGGGUUUUCCGGACUUUGACCAGCACCAUGUCUCGGUCAGCUAAACGUGCAAAGGUCGCAGAUACGUGCAGCACAGGUCACCGGAACUUCAAUGCUACAACAACGGGAGCCACGUUUGAACAAGUCAAGAGAAACAUGGCUACGGAUUCCUCAAGACAAAGAGAAGUGGAGAUGUCCAACUUUCGAGCUCCGGAUGUCAUAGCUAAGAAACGAGACGGUCAAGCUCUCAGCAAGGAAGAGAUCCAGUACUUUGUUAAAGGGGUGGUCAGCAAAGAGUUUCAAGACAGUCAGAUCGGUGCUAUGUUAAUGGCCAUCUUCCUGAAUGGCAUGAACAGAGAUGAGACCAUCACACUGACUCGAGCGAUGAGGGACUCAGGGAGCACGCUCAGUUUCCCCGCGGAGUGGGCGGGGCUAAUCGUGGAUAAACACUCCACGGGCGGGGUCGGGGACAAGAUCAGCCUGCCGCUCGCACCCGCGCUGGCGGCCUGUGGGUUAAAGGUUCCCAUGAUCUCAGGCCGAGGCCUUGGUCACACUGGAGGGACUCUGGACAAACUGGAGUCUAUACCCAACUUCACUGUGGACUGUACCACUGGUGAGAUGGGGGACAUCCUGGAAAAGGUUGGCUGCUGUAUUGUAGGACAGACAGCAGACAUUGUUCCAGCAGACAGGAUCAUGUAUGGUAUCAGAGAUGUCACUGGCACUGUCGCAUCUCUACCUCUCAUCACAGCUUCUAUAGUCUCCAAGAAGGCUUCUGAGGGCCUGUCUGCACUGGUGCUGGAUGUGAAGUAUGGCAAGGCAGCCUUCAUGGAGACCCUGGACAAGGCUAGGGACCUGGCACAAAGCAUGGUGUCGGCCAGCGAGGGCCUGGGUAUGAAGACUGUGGCCCUGCUGACCAGAAUGGACAAUCCCAUCGGACUGACCAUUGGUAAUGGCCUGGAGGUGUGGGAGAGUCUAUUGUGUCUGCAGGGAGAGGGGCCGCAGGAUCUCAAGGAGCUGGUCUGUCAGCUAGGUGGCCACCUGUUGGCUCGUGUGGGUACUGCAGCCACAGCCUCAGAGGGUGCUGAAAAGAUUGCAGAGAAGCUGAGCAACGGGGAGGCCCUACAGAAGUUCUGUGAUAUGAUGGUGGCACAAGGUGUGAAGCAGGAGACAGCAGAGGCACUGUGCUGUCCAGACACUGAUAUCUUCACCAUCCUGCCACGGGCGCAACAUGUGCAGGAUCUCUGCUGUCAAACUAGUGGAUUCAUCCAGUCUAUAGAUGCCCUGGAGUUGGCCCGAGUGUCGGCAGAGCUGGGAGCUGGGAGGUCAAAGGCCGGAGAAGCCGUUGACCCCGCGGUCGGGCUGCAGCUUCUGAAAACUGUAGGGUCAAAGGUCACAAAAGGGGAUGUUUGGGUCAAGGUUCAUCACCAAGGAGACUGUGUCUCAGCCAAUCAUAUCACGAGGCUGCAGAAGUCCCUUUUGAUUGGAGGAGAAAGUGUGGAGGUCGGUUCCAGGGUCGCGGAGGUCAUUCCUUAGCUUAUUCCUCAGGAAUGUAAUAGUAUUACAAUAUCACUACUUUUAUAUGAGAUUAUGGAUAUUAUUAAAGAAUAAUUGUUCUUGCUUGUAAAGUUUACAUGUAAAGAAAGGUUCUCAGAUGACACCAUUGAUGUAACAACAACUUAUCCAGACUUGUGUAAUGGAUACCAGUUUCAAAAGAACCUCCUUAGU